CCCCAUAGGAGUGGACAUGUGAAUAGUGUCCAAUCACAAGGAGCGCUCUGCCGUGCUGCGUUGCAUGCUUGCGAACAGCAUUUGUGAGCGAGAGCAGAUGAGAAGAGCGUUUGUAGUUUUAUGCAUGUACGUAGGAACUCUUCAACCACUUGAUCAGGUCGCACCGACAGGAGCACUGCACGAGUAUGGGAGCAGUGGACUAUGCACCACGUACCGCUGCUGCUGCUCCUCCGGACGACAAUGGGGUGCAAGGAUAGAAAGAGUAGUUCCAUAUACAAGGUGCACUACAGAGCACUGUUUUAACCUCAAUAUCUGCCGUUCAAGGACGAGCACCCGCAAAGAACAUCUUUGGACAUCACAUAGAGCCUGCCUUGACAGCUGACGUCUGGUGGUUCUUUCUCGCGACUCGCCUACGACGACCAAGAUGCCUUCGCGCCUACCUGAAGACCGAGACCCAGUCCCCGCUUAUGCGGCAUUCCUCCCUGACAACAGCGCGGCGGUGGACGGCGCAGCUGGGCCGUCGCCGCUGUACAACCAAAUCAGCUACGCACCGGCCGAUGCGAAUCCUCAUGCUCUGCUGCCAUCGUACGGCAGCCUCUUCCGGAACGGGCUGCGCUUACGGUGGCAUACUAAGCCUUUCUACCUCACCUCGCUCGACCGCGCGGACGCGUCGCAGCCUACGACCGCGCUGUACUUCCGCCUGCCGUCACCUGCGCAAGCGCUCACACCGCAGCAGCUCGACUCGACCAGCGCAGCGACGCUCGCGUCCGCAUGUCGCUGCAGUGAACGCGGAGACUGCACAUGCGACCUCGGGCGCGGCUCGAUCUUGUUCACGGCCGAAUACGCCGAGCACGGCGGCACGGACAAAGUGGGAAAGAAUGAGAUGAUCGUCAAGCGCACCAACGAUGCAUCCGAUGUGGUGGCCAGGGUGUGCCGAGGGCAUCUGAUGCACCGCUACCGGUGGAAUAUCCGGGACGCUUCGGGCAAGACGUGGGCCACGCUUGAUAGAAAGGGCACAGGCACUGUCGUAUCCGUCGAGGGCAUUAAGCACACUUUGCUCUGGAGAAGGCAGCAAGGCAUAUUUGAAUUGGUGAUACCACAAGAGAACGAUUUUCUCGUCGCACAGCAUCAUCCAAAUGGCAUGCUCCUCUUCCACAACGAAACGGAACGCAUGCCACAGGAUCUUGCCUGCGACGUCGACGGAUGUCCCUUUAUCAGCAGCAGCUUUGGUUUUGUCUUUCGCUGUCAGACCUGCACCGCGAUCCGGUAUGACGACACGGUCGACUAUUGCGAGGCGCAUCUCGGCGAGGUCAGUCGCGUGCACCAGGCGACACACAGCUUUGUCAGAAUCCUACCGCGCAUCGGAACGGGAGACAAAGGGGAGAGCAUGAUCGACGACGAUGUGCGCGAGACGAAGUUGCUGCGUAUGGACGAUUUGAUGCUGGAGAGAAAGAAACACGAGCUCAUCAUUGUUUCACUCGCAGUUGCAUUGAUGGACUCUUGAUGCGAAAUGGACCGCAUUCACUUUUCAUUCUAAUGCUGCAACAUUAUGUAUUUUCGCCUUUGCCACUUCAUCAUUAUUUU